CGCGAGGGUCGCCGAGGCCCCGAUAGUUGGCCUCUCGCUGACCAGCCCGCGGAUCCUGAGCACCUCCGCGCUCUCCUGAGAGCUCCCGGAAGGGGUGCCUCGGCCUCUCCAGGCUGUCGCAGGAGCAGGGGCCCAGUGACCACCUGAGCGAAUGGACUAGAGUGACUGGGAUGUCUCCAAGUAGUGAAGACAUGCAAAAAAGAGGAAACCACUGCUUCCCAGCAAGAAGAGUAAGAAGACAGUAAGAAGAUUGAUCUUACCUUCCCUUUUCAGGAGAAAGAAAAAGUGGGAGAUUCAGUUUCGAAUAUAAUCAAAUGGAACAGUGAAAUAAUUGCUAAUAAGACUUCUAUAGCCAUGGCUAGUUCUGACGCGAAACCAAAAUCAGUAAGUCGUGCCAAAAAGUGGUCAGAAGAGAUAGAAAAUCUGUACAGGUUUCAACAAGCAGGAUAUCGCGAUGAAACUGAAUAUAAACAAGUGAAACAAGUUUCUAUGGUAGAUCGCUGGCCAGAGACCGGAUACGUGAAGAAACUUCAGAGAAGGGACAAUACUUUCUAUUACUACAACAAACAGAGGGAAUGCGAUGACAAGGAAGUCCACAAAGUAAAAAUUUAUGCUUACUAGCCUUUGUUCUCUGUGUUACUCGUCCCUACUUUUUAAGAAUUCAAUUCGUUGUUCCGUUCUCCAUCAUGUAAAUGUCAUUUCACAAAAUAAUUCAAAAUGCAGACUUCAGUCGAGUGUUUUGAAACACAAAAGCCAUGAAACCUGGUAUCAAUCAUCCUGUUGUAUUCCAAAAUAUAAUUGCAGGAACAUUAAAAUUG